AUGCGAACGAUUCUGUGUUUUUUUUUCAUUGCUAGCUAUGUCGAAAGUAUCGAUACAGCUAAUGAAGAGCCGGAGGCAGAUUUCGUGACCGUGCCGAAGACGUUGAUAACUGGCCUCCAGGAGGAUGUCACCAGACUGCAGGAGAGAGUCGAUCAACUGGAGAAACUGGAGGCAAGGUUUCAGGCACUGGAGACCAAGUUAGACGUCAGUGCCAAUAUUCGAUAUAAGCGCCAAGAGGAGCUAGCUGCUUUCUCUGUCAAACUGUCGCGACCUCUCACUCACAUGACAGUGAAGCAACCUAUUAAGUUUGACGAAGUUCUGCUCAACAAGGGGAACCGUUAUUCUGCGGCUACUGGCCACUUCACUGCUUCAAUUCCUGGGACCUACCUUUUCAUUUACUUUAUGGGUCAUCACAGCACCGGCGAAACUUGGAUCGAACUGGUGAAAAACGGCGUUCGUGUAAACCUUGCAGUUGCUGAAGGAUCGUUUGCCUCUCAGAAUCUCCAAGGCGGGAACGCAGCCAUAAUACCACUGGCGGUCGGUGACAACGUAUGGGUGGAAAUCACGCAGGUGUCCAAUGUUCCGCUUCAAGAGCAGUUCACAACGUUCUCUGGUGCAAUUUUGUAUUGA